GGUACGCGUCAUUCUAGUGAUCCUAGUGUACGCGCGACUGCCUGACAGCACGCACGCGUUUACCCAACGUGUAACGUGUAAAAUAAUAAAAAAAGCCCGCCAAUUUUUUAACGUGAACUUUACGAAUUCGAGUUUUAAAAUUUCGUCACCCAAACAGUUGCGUUCAGUAUUUUGUUAUCUGUGGACAUUUAAACUUCGGAGGGGAAAAAAAGUUUUUUUCAAGAUUACGUGAAGGCGUAAACGAGGACAAUAAAGGUAAACGUGGUGCUUGUGUCAGACAGGAAGCAGUGAAAAAAAGUGGCAGUGAAGUGUGCUCUCUAUAACAAAAAUGAGAAGACGCUCGCGAACCUGACUAUCUUAAAUUAUGCAAGUGCUACAAAUCUGCAUCAAAAUUUAAGUUGACAUUUCAAGCAUGUCUAGUAAACGUUGAAACUAUGGCUUUGACAAACUACACGGUGGCAGGGGUAGGAGCUGCGACUCUCGCACUCACAGCAACUUCCCCUACACCACUACGUGUCCAACUAGAUGAUCUACUCUACUCCCCAGAAGAACACCAGGCCGAAUACGCUCCAAAUUAUGCCGGCAACGAACCCUUCCUACCACCUCCUAAUGUACAACAACCCAAAAAAUCUAAAGUUCGAAAACGUGCUGGCACCGCGUACUUGCCUCCACCCCAUCAGUUCACGCAUUAUCCACGCCAGGAAACCGUCCCACAAAAUCCUUUCAAUAGCCCUCUACAUCCCCAAAUUUAUCAACAGCACACAAGGCUCGAUUUACAAAUAGAGAAUCAGAGGGUUCAAGAAAUUAAUUCACAGUACGGUAAUACGGGGCAGUACGUUCAUGACCCAACUGGGGAUUAUGAUUACGAACAGAGGAAGAAUGAUAAAAAUAGGCCACCAUACAACCCAGGAUACGCGGAUAACCCUUACGGUCCAGCGACAACGCAAAGUCCACUAUCUAGUCGAAGGUUUGGUUCAGACCAAAACCAUUUAAAUCGUCCUACGACUUCGCCAUUGCAAAGUGCGACGCGAAAGCAAAAUGAGGCUGGAACUAAGACUAGUAGUAAUAGUGGUAGUAGUACACUACCAGACCGUCCUCGAGGCUUUACCAAAGUUGAAACAGGAGGAACGGGCGGCAAGACGCAAUUACACGCCGUUCUAGAUUACGAUGAUGAUUAUUACGAAGAUGUUCCUGGAUCAGAUUCUGGUCAGCCUGCAGUGACACCUCUACAGGGUCCCAUUUUACUACGCAAUGGUAGUGUGCCCGUUGUGCCCCUUACGUCCUACCCUACAGUCAACAAUGGAACUUUUUACCAAAUACCGAUCUUGUGGACCGCCCUGUCUCUGGCCUUGGGAUACGAGCUCCAAGGUCAAAUAAUCAGAGGAGUGCCUUGCGUCAAGCGUAACUUUCAACUCUAUUGUCCGACCGCCGGCAAUACUUAUCCUUUAGACAAGAUCGAGACGUUUAUAGAUGAGAACAAAGCGCUUAUAAAACGCAUGUAUGGCUCAUUUACGAUACCAGGUGGAAACAGGGUACGGAGAGCGCCUGGAGUGCCUGACAUGCAUUCCGGAGAUUCGUACUUUCGUCACGUGAGGCAGGCGGCGAAACCGCCUCUGCCUGAUACGCAAUCUAUUAAUAGCACCGGACGGAUAGACGCGUGCGAAAGUAAAACGGAAAUUAUGACACCCUACUGGGCGCUAAACUCUGCAAGGAAACUGCGAGCUAUAGUCAACACUAUGCACUUCGAGCAGGCUAUACACCAAGAAGUUUGCAGCAAACAAUCUACAUCAAGAUGCUCCGGAGACUGUGGCUGUGAACAGAAAUAUAAAUGGCAUAGAUUACUGGCCUAUGACCCUAGCGACGAUUGUGCGGGAAUUUUUAUGGACUGGUUUUUGUUCCCAUCUUGUUGCGUUUGUCGAUGUAAACCAUAGACUAUGAUAAAAUUAUCACAUUAGAAUAUUAUUUUUUGUGUCGUAUUACCUAAUUAACGGGUUAAAUCAUCGAUCUACGUAAUACUAGAUACAACAUCACUUACAAAUUCUCUGAAAUGUGUCCAUGCACGAGUUUAGUUAUACGAAAACCAACUAUAUUGCACAGCUAAUAGGAAUUAAUUUACAGCGUCCGUUGUCAGUGCUUUGUGGCUACUGAAAAUAUAGGACUCACGUAAUGUAAAACGCCACGAUUUUCUCUUCCCGUGCUUGACGCGCCGUAGCUAGGUAGUUCAAUAGAUUAAAGGUAUUUUAGUCACAUUUACAUUCCCGAACAUAAAAUCGAAAAUGAAACUAAAAUUUUGAAAUAGAAUUCAAUAAUAAACAAAAUAAUUAUUAUGACA